AAACACGCAUUUGUUAGUGCUGAAGUAGGUGAACGACAUUAUUUGGCGUGAAUUUGGUUUGCAGAUUGAUUUUGAUUUGUGUGAUGUCUUGAAGAGCCUUAACAACUGUCAUUAUGUCCGACGAAGAAGAUACAACGAUUUUACUAAGUGGAAAAAAAGAGGGAAGGGAAAAGUCUGUGACUGUUACACCUCCGCCGGUAAUAAUAAAAAGCAAUAAUAAUGCAGUCACAGACAAAUCUCAGAGCCAUGCCAUCCUUGCUUCGUCAGUGGCGAUGCUGGGAGGCUUGGCGUUUGGUUAUGACAUAGGAUCAAAUGACAGUAUUCUUCACGAGAUGGAACUUUCGUUUAGACUGACAUGCCUUCAGCAGCAUAUGACAUUCAAUAUGUGGCUUGUAGGAGCCGCAAUGGCAUCUGUUUUCGGCGGUGUACCCGUUGACAGACUUGGUCGGCGUUGGAGCACUGUAUGUGCAAACAUAAUGCUGAGUGUUGGAUCAGCCGUCUCUAUACUCUCAUCUUCAUAUGCAAUGUUGUUAUGUGGGCGCCUGGUUGCAGGUUUUGGUGGAGCACUGUCAGCAGUUGCUCUGCAUGUUUAUUUAGCAGAAUUGGCUACUCCUGUGUCCCGGGGGAAGCUUGUACAGGCCUUCCAUCUGGGGGCAGCAGCCGGCAUAGUCCUGGCUGGCAGUGUCGCAGGUGGUGGUGUGCACUGGCUGGCAGCAGCGAGCUUAGGUAUUCUCCCACCACUCGUUGCUGCGGUGCUGGCCGUUCGUCUGCCUCCGUCUCCUCACUUCACCAUUUUGCGGCAUGUUGCCGGAGACCCCAGCACUAGAGGGUCAAGUAGUUCAGUGGCAGCAGCUGGGAGCCUGCUCGAGACACUAGCUUUGGCAUUGGUUUUGGUGUCUGUGGUGCAGUUUUCCGGACACUCAUCGGUGGCAUUGUACACUCGUCGUCUUUUUGCCCUGCUUGGUGUCUGCAGUGAAAGCGCAGGAGUUGUCACCGAUAUUACCAUAGGCAUCGUGAAGGUAUGCUUCACUGGCAUGUCAGUGUGCUUGGUGGAUAGAAUUGGACGACGUCCUGCUCUGCUAGUGGCUACAACAUGUGCAAUGUUAUCAGUUGCUCUGCUUGGUGCUUUCUCAGCAUAUGGUGGCUCAUCAACAAGCUGGACAAAUCCAUGCAAUGCAGUCCCUUCCAUUUCCUCUCAGCCUCAACUCAUUCAGUACAGUGUCGGUGAAGUUGUGGCUCCAGACUUACCGACAGGUUCACCACCACCCUUCCCCAUGCUCCCGACACCAGUGCCUCUCAUUGCAGAACCAGCACCACGCUGCAUGCAACAUGAAGCCCAGCCACCUGCAGCUGCUCAUGUGCUGGCAAUCUUAUCAGCACUAUGCUACCAGGCAGCAUAUGCUUUUGGACUGGGACCUGUGACAUGGCUGUUACUGGCAGAACUCUUUCCGGCCACCACCAAGGGCCGCGCUUUAGCACUCACAGCUGGAGUUUACUGGUUGGAUGACUUCAUUGUUCGCUCAACAUUUUCCAGUAUGGUUGAGUCCCUUUCAGUGGCUGGAACAUUCCUACUCAAUAGUGUUGUGUGCAUGAUGGGAGUUUUACUGAUAUUUUUGUUUGUACCAGAAACUAAAGGCAAAUCUUUGCAUCAGAUUGCACAAGAACUGAAGAAUGUGUCCCCCAAAACACGAAUGUACCAAAAUCUCCAUGGUCUGCCAUGCUUAAGUAAUAAUGAGUGGCUUCUGCACAAAUCAAGACAGUAUCGUCAAGUUUCUCAUUCUGGAAUGGAGAGCACAGUAAUUUGAAGAUAUAUAUUGUAAUUUAUUUUAUUACCACUUGCAGCUUUGAACACAAUGACAGCAUAUGACUUUAUAUGGCUUCAUAAUGUUUGGCAGCUUAUUUGACUUUUGUAACUUCUGUCAAAGUGUAGAGAUCCUCAGGACAGUGAGAUGCAAAAAUACAUGCUAGGAAACCCCCCAGCAAAGCUGUCACAUUAGGCCUUGUAUUGCUGAGAUUUGAAAAAGCUGCAUCCCAAAGGUCAUAACACCUGAAGGUUAGCUGAAGCUGUUGGUCACAAUUACUUGAGAAACACAGAAUAAUAAAAACGUAAUGACAGUUGUAUCACACAAUGUGGUAGUGACAUAAUGGUAAAUCCAAGUUCAGAAUGCACAAAUAAGGGCUUUCUCUUUGGGGGUUACACUGUGUUCCUAAAGUAGACUUGAAAAUAGAUUUGGAAAUUAAUCAUGUUCUUUCAGGAUUAAUAUAGUAAGUUUCCCAUUAAUACAACUAUUCAUCGAAUUUUGCGAUGGAACUCUACUACUAAGGCCGAAUCUUUUACUGAAGUAGUAGUGCAUUGUAUUCAAAAUUCUCUCUUGGCUCUCGAAUAAUAUCAACAUUAUUCCUGAUGCUACACAUUAUUAAUAUCCUGUCAUUAUGUUACAUGCUGGUAAUUCAUAGACAGUUUGAACAUACUGAUCUGCUCCUAUUACUGGGCUUAUGUAACAUGAAUUGAACCAGUUGACAUUCUCUCUAAUCAUAUUUAAAACAAUUGCACCAAUUUUGUAUGUAAAUGAUGUACACGUUCCUGCGUAUUAUACUGAGGUAACUGUUUCUUCCCCUUAUAAACUAGUUUUGUAAAAUGUUUGUCUUGCUGUACAUUUCAACCUUUAUGUAUUAGGCAUAUCCUGAACUUUGUGCUUCCUGUCAGAAGGGCAAGUAACUUUUAUGUAAUGUAAAUAUUUUUCUCAUACUCACUGUAAACAAGUUUAUACUAUGACACAUUUUGACGUGGUCAUUCAUCAAGUAACUUUAUUCACUAUUGCACACUGCCUCAUCAAUACUGCUUUAAGAAUGUAACUUUUGUGUUUAUAAUGUUUUUCUUUUUCAUUUUAUACUGGAAAUAUAAAAGUAUUGUAGAAUGUAAGGAGAUAUUUGCUUCAGCUUUAACAUUACUUUAAUUAAAUUUUAAGACUUUAAUUAUAUUUUAAGUUUUGUGAAAAUAUUUUAGACCUCUUGUUUGUAUUUAGUCAGCAGUGUGUUAUUUUAAAUAAUUGCUAAGUGAUGUACAAGUUUCUCAUAGAUGAAUAUUUAAAAAAAAAUCUGUUGGGUCUUAAACAGAUAAUAAGAGUUGUCUUGCUUCAGUUUAGUCAUAAAAGAAUUUCAUUUAUAGAUGCAGAUUCCAGCAGAUACAAGUCACCCUUUCUAGGAACUGUUCUUUGCUUAGUCAAGAAAACAAAUUUAGAAAAAUAUAAUUUUGUACUAUAAAGUUAACUAUGUUAGUUAGCUUAACAUUUCCUAAAUAUUUAUGAUGGUAUAACCUUUGUUCUCUUAUAACUUUAUCAAUUAUUCCAACAUUUUGUCAGUGUAAUGCCUUUUGACUCAAUUUUUAGUGUUGUGUACAGAAAUUUUUUACCUUUAAAUGUCGGACCAUUUUCAGUAGCUCUGUGUGUGUGUGUGUGUGUGUGUGUGUGUGUGUGUGUGUGUGUGUGUGUGUGUGUGUGUGUGUGUGUGUGUGUGUGUGUGCGUGCACGAGUGAAUGCACACUUACAUUUUCUUUACUGCUUUUAUUAUUUAUGAACUGUAUUUUGCUACAUCCAGCUGCCUUAACUGUACCGGCUUCUCUUUUUCAUUUGAUAAUCAAGCAGGUGGUAAAGUUGUUGUGUCAGGGGUUUUAUAGAAUUGUGAAGAGAAAAACAAGGUGAUGAUUUGAAUGUUAUUAGAAAUUCCACAUACAGAUUGUGCUCAUUGCUCAACAGGUCCUCUCAUUCCUUCCUUUUCUGCAAAUAAGUAAUGUAAUUUUUCAUUAUCAUGCACAAAUAUCCAGACUUAGUAUACCACAGAGCUCUGUAGUUCUCAUUUUUUAAAUAGUUGUUGGCUGUAACUAACAGUCAAGACCUUGUUAGUAUUUAGAAAAUACAAAGUUUACAAGUUACUCCAAUGCAAUAGGUGGAGUGAGCCUUGGCUGGUGCAUGUAUGAAUCUGUAUUUGAUAUUUAUAUGUGAUGCAUUGUAAACAGUCUGGAAUCUCAGAAUUUAGUGAAUUCCUGCAAACAAUAGAUGUGGCAUUUCUACAGUAAGUUACAUCUGGUCUCCUCAGGUAUCUGAAAAUUUUAUCUAUUAGUUUGAGCAAGUUGUUAUUUAUUCAGUAAGUACAUUACGUAUCAUAAUAGAGGAAAGUACUUCAGGAACAUGAAAAAUACACAUCAACCUAUCACCAAAUCAGACAAAGUAGGGACACAAAAACAGUUAAGGACAAUAAAAUUCCCUAUGUUCUAUAUAAACUGUUUCACUACCAGCAUUUGUAACAAGGUAAAUUUCAUAAGAACAUUUCAGGACGAUCUUCAUCGUAUAUGUACGGUAUAGCAAAUGAAUGCACCGGAAGAUCAGGUAGCUACUGUUCAAUAAUUAUGAGCAACAGUCCAACUAUAAAUCAUUGGACUGUGACAAAUGGAACUUUGUCAGUCAGUGAGUCUUGCAUGCAAUUUGAAUCCCUCUCAUACAAUCAGUAAAUAUACAGAAUGAAACUUGCACAAAAUAGAGAAGAACAAAACUUUGCUAAUCAGUUUAAAAUGUGGUAGCUUACUAAGAACCAGACACAGGGUAAGGUUUGGACAGAGGGGAUGGGGGGCAGACUCCAUUGCCUGCUGAGACUUUUAGGAUUGCUACCUACCAUGUAGAAGAUACGUCAAGUUGCAGACAGGCACAAUUAAAUGAUGCUUACAUAAAGCUUUUGGCCACAGCCUUCAUCAGUAAAUGAGAGACAUACACCAUUGGCACACACUAGCAAGCAUAUCUCGUGCACAAAUGACCGCCAACUCAGUCUUUUGUUGUCUUGCAGAAUAGGCAACAACUAUCCAAGAACGACCAGACUGUUGUCUUUUCCUUGCAGCUUCGCCUGUGCGUGCAUUCAAGACAUAUUGAUGAACACACGUCCUCCUCCUCUCCCUCUCUGUGUCCACCUCUUCCUGCCUCUGUUUGUCCAUAAUUAUUUUGUUUCUAAAAUAUACAGUAAUGAUGAAUUUGUGAUGAUAGAUUUGUGUAGUAUGUUUUGUAUUGAUUUUUGUGUUUACCAACAGUUCAGUUUUCUAUGGCCUUCAGUACUGAUCUUCAGCAGUGUAGUGGGAUACUCAUUCUCUGAAGCCAGUUGUGUAAAUAUUUUAUCUUUCAGUGGAGAAAAAACUGUAUUCAAUGAAGAUGUACAAGCAACAAAACUGAUCACUGAAAAUUUUCAUUUCAUACAAUAUGUCCAAGAGUAGUAAAUAUAAUUCUGUAACUGAAACAGUUGUAUGAAAAAAACUCAACCAUUCACUACAUAGCUGAACACUGUACCACGCACUCGUGUGUGUGAGAACAUAAUGUUAACUGUGGGAAUAUGUUUGCAAUGGUAAAAAAUUAUGAACAAUAGUUACAGUAAUCGAAAUGUGUUUAGUGCCAAACUGCUAGUCAGCACUACCUCUGUAAGAUGAGUGUUUCAGCUACAGAAUUAAAUUAUCCCUGUUUUACACAAUUGUCAACAAAGGAAUUCGCAGUGCUACAAAUUAUUGCUUUCCAUGAUGUAACCAUGUGAUUAUAAAGUUUGAUCUAUCACUUAAGUGCAGAAGACAAGAAUCCAGUUUGUUAAAACAUGAAUGUUCAAGAAACAGAGCAUUAUUUGAAAUCUCAUUAACAGUUACUAUUAAAAUCACAUUUUUAAUUAUAAAACAGUGAGAAGUCCAGUUUGGAGUAUCAUCAGUUAUGAAAAGCAUAGACUGCUACACACUGUAAAGAUGACACAUUGAGCUGCAGACAAGCACAGUGGAAAGUCUGUUACAGACACAGACUGAGCUUUUGGCCAAAGCAUUCAGAAAAGAAUGAGAAACUCACAUUCACACAAACAGGCGCACCUCAUACAAACAUGACCACUAUCUCCGCUGCUUUGACCACACUACAGCUGUUGCAUUGAACGAAAGCAGUUAAGGGGGAGGGGUAGCAGGGUAUAGGUAGGGGGUGAGAAGGUGUUGUUUGGCAGAGCAUGCAGACGCUAGAAAGCAGCAGGAAAAGUGUGGGAGGUGCAGCAUUGGGAGCUUGUAGGUGGAGGGGGGGGGGGGGGGGGGGGAAGACUGGUGGGAGCAUUGGCAGAGAGAAGCACACAGUGAGAUUGGGGGAUGUGAAUUGGGAGAAGGUGAUUGGACAGAGGGGAUGGAAAUUGCUGGAUGGAAGGCGUGGUGACAAUAGUUUAUCGUAGGUUGAGGCCAGGAUAAUUUCGGGGGCAGGUACUGUGUUGUAAGGAUAAAUUCCAUCUGCACAGUUCAGAAAAGAUGGUGGUGGAUAGGAGGAUGCAAAUGGUUCAAGGUGUCAAGCAGCCAUUGAAAUCAAGCGGUGUCAAACAGGCACAUUAUGUUCAGCUGCAGUUGUGUCUCAGGAUGUUCCACUGUGGUCUUAGGCACAAUUUGGAGGCAACAACCAUUGUCCAUCAGUAUGAAUAACACUGCCAAACUGUGGCCAAGAGCAAGUGGCACAACAUGCAACUGAACAUAGCAUGCUUGAUUUCAAAGGCUGCUUGACAACCUGGGCCAUCUGGAUCCUCCUCUCCACCACCAGGUUUUCUGAAGUGCACACAUGGGAAUUAUCCUUAGAACACACUCACAGCUCUCGAAGUUAUCAUGGACUCAACCUAUGAUAACAUACGCUCCCCAACCCUCCACCCAACAGUUUCUUCCCCCUUUGUCCUAUCACCUCCAAGCAACUCGUAUUCCCCUUCAUUGCACGCUAUUGCCAGUUCCCCAGUCUUCUCUUACCGCUUUCUAGACCAUGCGUGCUCCGCAGAUAACACUCUUUUCUCCUUCCACCCGUACCCUGCUAUCCCUCUCCCUUUCCUGCCCCACUCAAGACUGCUGCUUUCAUUCAACACAACAGUUGCAGUUGGGCCAGAGUGAUUGGAAAUAGUGGUCAUGUGUGUGUUAGAUGUGCCUGCUUGUGUUUUCCUUUCAUUUCUGAACAAGGCUCUGGAGGAUGCUCAGUGUGUAACAGUCUUUUUUUUCUUAUUCCUGUCUGCAACUCAAUGUUUCAUGUUUGUGGCAAAUCGCAAUCUGGACUUUGUUGAUAUUUUUAGUUGUGGUUGAACUCACUUUGUUUACCAUCAGUUAAUUACAUACAGGUAAUUGUUAAGGUCUGGUAAGAUAUUAAAUGCCCACAACCAGCAUGUUUGCAAUACCUCUCUCUCACCCCCCCCCCCCCCCCCCCGCCCCCUUUUCCUUUUCUCCACUCCCUUCCAUACGCCAGGGGAAACUACUCUCCGAAGAAUGAUAUAUAUUCGUUAGUGAGAAGGGAAAUAAUUUCAACAAACAUAAAGGGGGUUAUGUAUGAAACGGGACUCUUCGUAUUCUAGAUUUUAUUUAUUCAUUUGGCACAGCCUAGACAGAGGAUAGCUAAAACGAAUAUUGAUUUAGUUCCUGAGGGUUGCUUUCAGUCUGCAAAGAAUAGUUUUAUUACUCAUGAGUAGUCGGUCUCUAUAGCUUAGUUCAUUGAUAAUUUUUACCUACCUGUCUCAGUUGUUUGAAAUGUGUAGUUGUGAAGUCUCACGUCCGUUACUGUAAAGUGUCAGUUUUAUUUAAUUCAUUUUAAUAUUAAGUAAUGUUUCUCAUAAGUUUUAUAGAAAUGUUCCUGUAGAAGAAAGGGUAUUUUGAAGUUCCAUGACAGACUUGUAUUUUAGAGUUUCAAUGUACAUUCUGUAAUUACUUUCAGCAAAGCUAUGCAUAUAAGCCAUAAAAUAUUUUAUACUAAAUCAGUUACUAUAUAUUGUCUGUAUUCUUCUCUGACUCGCAUUUAAUAAGUAUUUAAUGUUAUUUACUGUUGUGAAAAAAAAAUAAUGCUCUUAACUGCCCCUUCAUGCUUAAUAUUUUAAUUUAUAGACAAAGUGAAUGCACCGAUUAGAGCUCUUAUAGUAACUUUUUAUAGAUAUUUUGUAUUUCACAUGAGCUUGACAAUAUGUCCUUUCAUUAUACAGCAUCAUUGCACAGUUUUUAACAUGUAUGCAAAGGUAAAUUAGGAUGCAUAUUAAAAAUAAUACUGGAUACAAAUAAAAAUAACCAAUCAGAUGAAAUUCUACUUAAAAACUCGUAUUUAGGAGACAGUAAUACUUAAUUUCUGCUGCAAGUGAAUUUGUGCUCCAAGUGAAUGAUAGAGAUUAUUGCCUGCAAUGUAAACAUAGUUUUUAUGACUAUUACACAGUGUUAUUCACCAUUUUCAUCCACUCAAUAAAACAACAGUUAAAGUUAAAACCUAAAAUAUGUUGUUUAACAUAAAGGAAAAUGUGAUAACGGUGCUUGAAAAAUUUUCCUUUUGUUACAUCAAAUAGUUCUAUUUCUGGUGGUUAAUUUUUUUGCAAUUUUAAUCAUGAUGUAAAUAUUUAAUAUUGAAUCAAACUGGGCUUUGAAUUUAAAGAACUCGAAAGGGCUGCCUGACUGUGUUGAUAUUUCUAAUGAAAUAAUAUUUUUUUAAUAAAACUUUCUUUCUGAUAUGGUUGUGAAUAAGGAUAAAGAGGUUGUGCCAUAAUCAAAUGGAUGUGCUAUGCUGAGUUGUUUCCAGUUGUGGCACCGUAUUUUUAUAUUUGUUUUAUACAUAAAAAAGAAAAUACUUAAUUUUUCUGGAGCAACCACACAAAAUUCUUGAUUCAUGGCAAUAUUCCCAUGUUGUAAUAAAUGCAAUUGGCAGAUGAAAAACCUUAUAUUUUGUGCUUCUCAAUUUUGGUUGUGUAUUGACAGUUGUUAUUUGAACUCACAAUAUAAUUGUUGCUUAAUUGUAUUUCAGUAACAGUGACAUUUAUUGUACAUAUGAAUAUCAUGUUUUGAA